AUGGAGAACGAUGCGUUUAGGGAAAAUGCACCCUCAUUAAUUCAGGAUGGAAAUAGAGUAGAACAGCCGAAUUUAGAAGCCCGAAGAUUCUUUGAUAUGUUAGAUGCGGCAAAUACGUCAUUGUAUGAUGGUUGUAAGAAGGGUCAUUCACCAUUAUCAGCUGCAACUAGGUUGAUGGGCAUAAAGACAGAUUGGAAUUUAUCAGAGGGUUGUGUGGAUGAGAUUACUGAUUUUGUGAAAGAAAUUUUGCCAGAGAAUAAUCUUUCACUAUGUUCGUACUAUGAGGUGCAGAAACUCGUAGUUGGACUUGGUUUGCCAUAUCAGGUGAUAGAUGUGUGCAGUGAUAAUUAUAUGAUUUAUUGGAGAGAAGACGAAGGCCGCACUUCAUGUCGUUUUUGUCGUAAACCUCGGUAUCAGGACACAAGUGGAAGAGUUCCCAUACCAUAUAAAAGAAUGUGGUAUUUACCGUUAGCAGAGAGGUUGAAAAGAUUGUAUCAGUCAGAGCGUACAUCAGGAGCAAUGAGAUGGCAUGCAGAACAUACAUCAGACGGUGUAAUUGCGCACCCAUCGGAUGCAGAAGCAUGGAAACAUUUUCAGUCACUCUACCCUGGCUUUGCGUAUGAGCCAAGGAACGUUUAUCUUGGUUUGUCUACAGAUGGUUUUAAUCCUUUUGGGAAACAUGGGAGGCAAUAUUCAUUGUGGCCAGUUAUCGUGACACCUUAUAAUUUAACGCCAUCUUUGUGUAUGAAACGGGAGUUUCUAUUUCUCACCAUUCUUGUUCCAGGUCCAGAUCAUCCGAAGAAAGCACUUGAUGUUUUUUUGCAGCCAUUGAUAUAUGAGUUACAAAUGUUAUGGGAGCAUGGUGUAGAAGUGUUCGAUGUUUCAAUGAACCAAAAUUUCAACAUGUGGGCGAUGCUUAUGUGGACUGUAAGCGAUUUUCCAACCUAUGGUAUGUUAUCUGGAUGGACAACGCAUGGACGGUUAGCUUUCCCGUAUUGUCAAGAUAACACCGAUGCAAUUCAGCUGAAACACGGACGUAAAACGAGUUGGUUUGAUUGUCACAGACGAUGGCUCCCUGAAGACCAUCCUUAUCGUUGGAGCACCACAUUAUUUAAAAAGAACAGACAAGUCUUUGAUAGUCCACCUCCUGAGUAUUCUGGCGAAGAAAUUUUGAAUCAAUUAAGAGAUUUGGGUGCUGAGAAGACAGUGGUUUGCGGUGGUAAUGGGCACGAUAUUGUUGAUGGAUAUGGCGAUCAUCACAACUAG